CUAACGUUCUCCACCCGUCUGGCAUUUGCUUGUAUGCGCAGCUCGAUGCACCCUGCCAAUCAAUUCCACGCAUAAGUUUUCUAUUUGACCUUCCGGGCUCCAUCGCCAGCUAGGAGACACUCCUCUCUCUUUACCUCAACAUUGUGACCAGCAGAAUGAAACAACGCCCUCCCACUCCCAGUGAUAUGGAGGCUCAAACUCCUCACGUCUCUUUCCUAAGCAGAUAUUUAAAGAUGGCUAUCCAGCCGCUUCCUCCUGACGAAAAGAAUAGCUCGCCACGCUACUUCAUUCUCCUACUCAGCUUUCCGAUCCCCGUUUCAUACCAACUCAAAUUCGUCUCCCGAGCUCAGCAAUAAGAGAGCAGCAAUCUUCGCGAUGUCUAACGCGUGGACAAGAGCACCUUCCAGUUUCCGUUGCGAGGAGAUCGGGUGCGAGAACAGGACUUACUCGACUGCGUCCAACCUCGCCAGACACAUCCAGUCGAUGCACGGCGAGCCCGUGCAGAUGCCUUGCGGCAUGAUCAGACAAAAUCACCCAUGGAACUCCCGGCGCCACCAGCUGGGAUGCUCUGGAUGCCGCGCAACUCUGGGUUUACCUCCCCUCGGCGCCCUCGGAUCCCCGAUCCUCGAUGACACACUCAGCGAGAGCGGUCACGCUCACGGCACACUCGAUGUCGUCGGAGCCCCGAUCCUAGACGACUUCGUAGAUGUCGUUGGGCCUUCUUCCCUCGAAAAUACGCUCGGCGAGCUCAGCAAUGCCCUCGAUAUUGUCGGAGCCCCCAUCGUCGACGAUAACCUCGGCGCGCGCGACAACAUCUUCGAUGAUUUUGGGAUCCCGAUCCUCGAUGACACCGUCGACGAGUUCGAUGACGCUCUUGCUAUCGAUCUGAGAGACUACAGCAAUUUCUAUUGUCCCGGGUUCUUGUACUUUCAGAAUAUGCACUCAGUGCGGUGCUACUCUGGUGCCCCCCCUCCCUCCAAUUCCCGUCUUGUUCAGACUGCAGAGGAUGCCGACGAUGGAGUAGCACCCGCAGUCCAUAGCCUCUGGGAUAACCAAUCGGAUGGACCAACCGCGAAGCAGGCGCAGGGGUCCUUCCAGUAUCUUUUGACCAGUAGCGACAAGACGCACGACACCACUACCAUGGAAGAUGAAUACGCAUCGAACAUCAAGCGCCAUAAGGAUACCUGUGGUUGCGUAGUCCUAGUUCAGCCCCCAGUUCCCGCUGUGGGACAUGGCGUCGGUACGGAUAACACGGCCGAUACCACGACGACGCCGACCUUCGACGUCACCCACAUGAUGUUGAAUGGCUUCAACAUGGAGUACUACCCCGCAGACCUUAUUUUCUAUGGGCCUUACUAG